AGUCGAUGUGACAUUUCUGCUGUCACGAAUGUUAUUUGAUAGGUUUUUUUUCAAAACCCAUGAAAAUAAAAGUUUUUAAUGUUUUGGACUUUCGUUAUUUUUGUUUAAAUGGAUCGCAUAACUUAUUUUCAUCCAUUUAUAAAAGUAAAUUCUUAUAAAAAUAGCUGUUUAAGAUUAGUUCGGAAAAGUGAUUGAAUUUAAUUGGUUGGCGGUAAGCGUACCCUGCGCGACGCGAAAGGCGCAGUAAUACCUAGUUUUCCAAAAUGCCGUCGGAAUCCAAGCCUUUGUUAACAGCCCAAACCGAAAAACCGAAUCAUUACAAAUAUCUAAAAGAAUUCCGAGUGGAGCAGUGUCCAUCUUUUCUCCAACAUAAAUGUACACAACACAGGCCGUUUACGUGUUUUCAUUGGCAUUUUAAUAAUCAAAGGAGACGCAGACCUGUUAGAAAAAGAGACGGGACCUUCAACUAUAGCGCGGACAAUUACUGUACGAAGUACAACGAGACGUCGGGCGUUUGCGAAGACGGAGACGAGUGUCCGUUCCUGCAUCGUACAGCAGGCGACACGGAGCGACGAUAUCACUUGCGCUACUACAAAACUUGCAUGUGCGUACACGACACGGACACGCGCGGCCUCUGCACCAAGAACGGGGCGCAUUGCGCGUUCGCACACGGAGCGCCCGACCUGCGCCCCCCCGUGCUGGACGUGCGCGAGCUGCACGCACUCGACGCGGACGACGACGCCGCGCCCAACGCCCUCGACCGAGAGCGGAACCUCAUCAACGAAGACCCCAAGUGGCAAGAUACAAAUUAUGUCCUGUCAUCAUAUAAAACGGAACCAUGUAAAAGACCUCCUAGGCUUUGUAGACAAGGGUAUGCAUGCCCUCAGUAUCAUAAUAGUAAAGAUAAACGUAGGUCUCCUAGAAAGUAUAAAUAUCGCAGCACACCAUGCCCGAACGUGAAGCAUGGUGAGGAGUGGGGCGAGCCCAGCAAUUGUGAAGCCGGUGACACUUGUGGAUACUGUCAUACGCGGACGGAGCAGCAGUUCCAUCCAGAAAUCUAUAAAUCCACAAAAUGCAACGACGUUCAGCAGGCGGGAUACUGUCCACGAGGCUUGUUCUGCGCCUUUGCGCACGUUGAGCCCGAAGAACCUGGCGGCCGCGAGCCCGGCCCCGGCGACUGCGGAACCAGUCUCGCGGACUUGCUGUCCUCCGCGUUGCCCGACAAGAAAGAUCGCUCUACAACCCCUUCCGGUCCUCUCACAAAUGGCGCCGGUGACGGAUCUGAAUGCGCGUCCACGUCCAGCGGGGGAUCUGGUCCGCAGGCUGCGCGUGCUCGGCCUCUGCCUUUCGAUACCGCCGUGCUGCAGGAGGUGGUCGGCUGUGCACUUGACGAUCUGCACCUCGAUGACCCCAUCAAUCUUGUCGCGGCUCUGGACCGCGAUCUCUCGGACGGCGAGGGCGCGCUCGCGGGCUCCGCUCCCGUCAACAUUCCGUCGGCGCGACCCGCCCUGCGCGGGUUCAGUCCCCCGGGCGGCUCACCGCUGCCGGCUUUCCUGCGAUACGGACCCGACGCGUUCGGUCUCAAGGCUGGCAGCUUCGGCGCGUUCGAGGGCGGCGGCUGCGAGGUGUCGCGGCUGCGCGAGGAGGUGGCGGCGGCGCGGGCGGCGGUGGCGCGGUGGGACGAGCGCGUGGCGCAGGCGCGGGCGGCGUGCGAGGCGUGGCAGCGCGAGGCGGAGGACGCGGCGCGCAAGGCGGCGGUGGCGGAGCGGCAGCGCGACGAGGCGCUGGCACACGCGCUGGCGCUGCGGCGCGAGCUGGACGCGCUGGCGCCGCGCCGGGACCCGCGGGCGCUGUCGCUGCCGGCGCUCAAGGCGCUGCAGUCGCGCGCGCGGGCGGACCUCGAGGAGAUCGAGAAGGCGUUGUACCUGGAGACGGCCACCAAGUGCAUGGGCUGCGAGGAGCAGCCCCGCAGCGUCACGCUGGCGCCGUGCAACCACUACGUGCUGUGCGACAAGUGCGCGGGCACCACGGACCACUGCCCCUACUGCCAGACCCCGGUGCAGAGACACCAAUAGCGUCGGCGCCGCCUCGUUCCGGUUGCUGUUUGAAAUACUGCUCUUCGAGUGCCACUUGAACCGUACGUUAAUAUUCACCAUUGUCAAAGGUAAAUCAUAGAGAACAAUAUCUCGUGGAAAACUAUCGAUCGCGAGGUCAUUGACAUUCGUCUUCUGUUAGAGUAUCGAACAAAACACUUAACAGAAAUGCGUUGCGUCAAGGUUUUCUCGCUGCUUAAAGAGCUUGCAUUAUUCAUUUGGAAGGGACAGGAGCUUAUGCUCCUGCAUUGCGUUUGCAUUUAUUAAUACUGAUACGAAAAUAUAUACUUAACAAUACAAUAAGAAUUUAAGAUCUGCCGCUAUUGACCAAUAUUAAAAUGACAAAAUAAUAAUAAAUAUGCCACUUGGACACUUUUAAAUUUGAUGAAAAUAGUAGAUGUAAGUUAACAACAAACUUAUUCUGAAGAAUAAAAAGAACAAAAGCUAUUUCAGUAGAAACUUAUAUUUUGUGGUAAUCUGUCUUGUGAAUCACGAACUAGUUUUGGAGCUAUUUUCUGCAUAUGUAUGAGAGAGGUCUAUUGAACGACCAAAAACCAUGAAAGAUGUAUUGGCAACAUUGUUAAAAAUACAAAAUAAUUUAUAUUAAAGUAAGAAACCUUGGAAAUCUGUAACCACGGUCUUAUUUCAUAUUUGGAAUUUAAUGAAGUUGAAAGUCAAAUUCCUUUUCUAAUCAAAAUCCAAGGAAUUUUGUCAUUAAAAAAAGAUAUGCAUAAAUAGACUAGGGUUAAGGAAUGGAAAAGCAAUAAUAAGAAAAAUGUCGUGCGUAUAACCCGCGCAUUACAUAUUUUAGGAACUUGUAAUCGUGACUUUGAACUGAAAAUACAAAAUAUAAUUAUAAUUCAAUUAGUAUUUACAACAAUCGUGUAUUCAUUGACAUUGCUGUGUACCUUUAGUGUACUUUUUAAACUAGUACUAUGUUAGGGCGAGGCACACGUUCAGUGUACAAAAAUCACCUACCCACAUCCCGUCAUAUGGCUGCGUUUACAUGUUCAUACGAACACACUAUAUUGCAUUUUUUUAUUUUAAAAAAGGGCAGUAGUGUGUUGGAUUGUGCACAGUAAAGGGUUCAGUAUCUAAGAACGUUUGUGACUAAAAUUAAACUGAAAAUUAAUAUAUAAACCAAACUAAACUAUUGUUUGAUCGCUUACUCUAAACAGCUUGUUCUCAAAUAUAGACUCCGGUGAGCAUUUGGCUUGUCUUAACGUCAUAUAGUCACACGUGUGUCUCGUGUAGUUCUAGCUUAAAUAAUUUUGAAUUGAAAAAAAUGUAUAUUUUGUAUAUUAUAUUAAUUAUACAUUGAUAUUGAUCAAUGUCUGUACGAUUGUUGUAAUGCAGAAAUAUAGUGUUGCACAUUUUUAAUAAUUUUAUAAUCACAUAAUGAUGUUGGCAUAUUUAACAUAGAGUUUAAAAUAAUGCAGUUUAUAGUCUUACACAUAUAUAUAUUAUUUAUAUACUACGCCCCUUCUCGCUGAGUAUAUGUUUAGAUUGUAGUUUUCUGUAGCGAUUUGGGUUUAGUUCGCACAAAGCCUCGUGUAGUUAUAAAAACAUAGUUUUUUUUUUUUUCUCGGAGUGAAGAAUAGCUCAUGCAAGUCAAUCAAAAUUAAGAAAGGAUUAUAUGCAAUUUACUAUGUAUAUGUAUGUAGGUGAUAGAGGGCUUACUGGACUUUACUAAAGUAGGACAGUACACUAAAUUAGUGUAUUUAUUUUUUGCGCCAUAAUCCUGAAAAUUCAUUCACUAAAAGGACCAAUAAACGAAACGAAUAUAAAGUAACAUUUUAAUAAUAAUAAUAAUCAUAGAAAGAUAACGCAUAUUUAAUCUGUUUGAAAUAAAUAGUUUUUGUCUAUGGUUCGUACACGCUUGGAGCUUCCAAUAAUUAUUGAAUGGUAUUUAAACAAUAGUCAAGGUUGACUUCCCACAAUGUUUUUUAAUUUUUUUUUAUUGUUAAAUUAUCGCCUUAUACAGUUUUGCCAUCGUUGGUAAUUUCUCGCAGUUAUACUAAAAAUGUUUCAGUAGGUGUUUGUCGCAUUUCCACAGAUUAUAUCUUAUGAACGUUGAUAAUCUUUAUGACUUGGCUAUUGAAAGUUUGUAUACUGUUUUAAAUGAAAAGAGUAACUAGACUGUAUUCGAUUAAAUGCAUUUUUAUAUUAACGUUUUCAUGUGAAUGUAGAAUCUUGAUAAGAGUUCAAACGCUGGAAGAGUAGUUAUCAAAUUGAAAAAUCUGAUUUCUGCGGUUGAGAUAAGAUUCAUUUUUCUUUAGACAUUUAAAAAAAUUUUUUUUUUUGCCUUUCGUACAUUUUAGAUAGAAAUGAUGGGUUUUCCGUUUCAAUGAGCCGUAGGAGAUCGUUAUAUGUGGAUGUUAGUAAUUUAUAGCGCUUUGAAAUUCUUUUUUUUUUUGUCCAUUACUCGGCUUUUUGUCCUUAGCCAUUAUACGAGACAUAAAAAUACUGUGAUCCUUUACAGAGAUUUCAUCUCAUCUCACAAUACUGUUUUAAGAUACCAAGGAAUUUCACUGUCUCCAUAGAUGAGAAGGUAUUCCAUUUUUUUUCAAAAGUCAAAAGGAACGUUGCUUUUUUUAAGUAGUCGUGAUACUCUGUGGAUCAUUGAAUUUUCGUUAUUGUGUUGUCAUGGUAACAAAACCCCAGGCAUGGUGAAGGCGAUGUGGUAGUAUAUAGUCGACAAGUGUACUCGCAAAUGUAAUCUGUAGCGUUUGAGGCAAAAGGAUUUGUUGGAGUCGGUAAUUUUUGUCUUAAAAAAAUUUCUAAUGUUUUUUAUAAGAAAAUUCACAACACAAAAUUUUUGUAUUGAAAUCUUUUUAUUUUAUACGAACGUAAUCUGAUUAGACGCUGUAUUUUUGUUAAGGCUAUUUAUAUUCAUCUAUCUAUGUAUUUCAGAUAAUUAUAUUGAAGUGAAGUGUUACAAGUAUUUUAUUAUUAUUAUUUUUUUGUAACUUUGAAUAUUUAAUGAUAGUGACAAAACAAAAUUUGUAUUAGCGUUUAAAAAGAAUUUAGAUUUAAGUAGUAUUUUUUCAAAUUUUAAUCGACUUUGGGAAUUCAGAACGAAAGCGACUAAUAACGACAAAAAAACUGAAUAAUAUUUAUUAUCUACCAUAAAUAGGAUGUGUUUUUGCAAUAAUAAACGGUUACAAAUUGAAUGCAAAUAAAUUAAAAGUAUGUUUUUUUUUUGUAUAUUUUAUGGAUAUUUUUUUGUAUGUAUAUAAUAAGUAUGUAUUUCAAUUGUUCUCGACGGCUAUUAAACUUAUUCUUUUGUCAAUUUCUUUCAUGUCUUGUCAAUGUUUUAAUCGCGGAGGUGGUGUUUUCAACUGAAUUUGUUUUAUUUUUUUAAUGAGUCGUUUUCGUUCCGCAUUCAUAAAGUUGGGUAUAGAUAAUAUCGUAAUAUUAAACAUAUGUUAUUUAAGUAAGUAAGUAUGUAGUGGCAUAUGUCGCAAUAUCGUAACUGAAGCAAUACGCGCCCGUUUUGCCUUUUGAUAUUUUGUGUACGUCUAUCUAGUUUCAGAUUAUAAUAAAACCCUGUUUUUGGGUAAUCGAUGUAAUGAUGCGUUAGCUACAUUUGUUAAUAUUUUGACGAUGAGCAGUCUAGUUUACGUAAUGUUAGAGCCCACUUACAAAAUAACGGUAGGGUAACUAACACUAUAAUUGACCGAUUGUUUGGUGUUCGCAUUUAGAAUUCAGAAACUAUAACGAUAUUUUGAUUUUUUAUUAAAAUUUACGUGACAACCCUAUCGGGGUAUCCGUUGAUAUCUGCUACGAAAACUUCGUAUAUCCUUUACAUUUAAUAAUAUCCAAAUAAAAAAAUUAAUUUCUUGAGCUUUUUAUACGCAUAGAACUUUGUGCUUGGUGCGAGUUUUUUAAACGUUCUCGAUAGCGUAAAAGUUAACUCGAAAUUUGUAUGCAGUUGGAACAGCGCCCCUAGCGGCAAACGUAGGAACCCUAUCCAACUCCAUACAGAUUUGAGUUAACUUUUACGCUCUCGAGAACGUUAAAAAAACUCGCACUAAGUACACAGGAUAAAAAAAACGAACAAUUUAGAGUCCGCAAUAAUUGAUAUUUUAGUCGCAAUUACAGUGUAGUUCACCCAUUACCAAGUACAAAAUAGUAUAUAGCGCUCUUUUAAUAAAAUUUUAAUAUUGUGUAUUAUUCCCUCAACACGCAUUUUGCGGACUUUUAGUGUCCUAUUGUGUUUAUUAACACCCGCUAAUGUGGUACGUGUUGUAACUUUUAUACGUAUCUAAGGUUAUCGUGGUUAAUGGUAACAGAAAAAACAAAUUACGGAUGACAUACAGCAACGCACGUAUGGUUCGGAGGUGGGGAUCUUUGAAAGAGCUUGCAUGUUACGAAGACCGACCGUAUAUAUUAUAUAUAAACUAAGAGCUUUGCACUGACAGUUACAAUGGAAAUUAUUUACUAUAUCAGCAACGGUCCCACAGUCUACACCAGUGAUUCUCAACUUUUUUUUUGUUGCGGCACAUAUUUAACGAUUUCAAAAUUUGGCGGCACACAAAAAAAAAAGAUAAAAAUUAUUUACUUACUACAACACACUGCAUAAAUAGUUUAUCAAAAAAUUUUAAUAUACGAAAUAAACUAAAAUAUACUAUACAUUUUUUUUUGUGGAUUUAAAUAUCUAUUCAUGUUUAAAAUAUUUUUCUUUUAAAAUGAUAUAAUUUAAUAAUAUUAAAAUUAUUAUAUAUUCGCAAAAUUUGGCGGCACACAAAAGCGCCGCGGAACAGUGGUUGAGAAUCACUGGUCUACACUAUUAUUUCGUUUGUUUACAAAAUAGCUGAACCACAUAUUUGCGAUAAAGUAGCGACAUCUGUAGCGUACCUCCGGAAUUAAUGCGUGAUAAAAGAAACAAUGAGAAGUUAAUCGCACUCGCACGCUCGCGAUUCAUUAUUGAGUCAGCGUCACACACGUAACGUAACGUCCCGAUAAUUACCUAAAUCCUGAUGUACUAAAACGACUGAGUCUUGAAAUUCAAAGUUAAAUUAAAAACUGUUGCUGUGCGAGGGAUGCACCGAGAUUGAACGAAGGGUUUUUUAAUACGAGAUAUAUUUAUAUUUAUGUAAGCGGUACAUAUGAAAAAAAUGAAACUUUUAAAAUUGAAAGAUAAAAUUUUAAUAAAACCCAAUAUGAGGUUAAGACGUUUAAAAAAAUCUCGUUGGGUUCCCGAAACAGAAUGAAAACUUAUUACCUCAUAAUUAUAAUUAUUAAUAUAUAUAUAUAUAUUGGAUAUUUACAUCUUCGUGGAGUAUCGAAAUGUGUUUGAAUAGUUUUUUAUAUUGAUGGCGUAAUGCAAAAUGUACUGUGUGGCCAUAGGUUGUAGUGGUUGUAGCUUGCUAGCGUUUUUCAAAUUUAGACGUGUAUUAGAGAUCAUAUUUAUUUUUAUAUACUUAGAUUUAUAUAUCACAUGGAGAGACUCAUCAAAUCCUAUAUCGACUUUAUGUACCUGCUUUUUUAUUCUAAAUGUAAACAGAACAAAACGUUUAUAAAAUUAUAUAUUAUUAAUAAAUACGCGACCGUUAGAUUUUAAUUACCAAAAAUAAAUUAAUAGGGAAUGUAUUGUUUUAAAUUGUCAAUGUGUAAUCAGAAUUUAUUAUAAUCGUUUGAUAGUAAAAAAAUCACAUUUUAUACUCUAUUAUAAAUAAAUAAAUAGAUACGAUUUUAAAUUUUACAUAAAUCCUACCUUUAUGCAUAAUCAAGAACACGGAUGUAUUCGGUAAACAUUUUUUAUUUUUGGUAAUAAUAAGUUAUGGAGCACAUAAAAAAAAACAUUUUCAAAUUUAAAUAUCUGUCAUAGUUGUAUAUAAUAUCAGAACGUUCACAAAAAGAGAAAGGAUUAGAGUUGUUAUUAUCUGCUGCGUUUUCAGGAAAGUCUAAUUCAUGACUAAUUAGGUAAUGUAAAAAAUAUUUUUUUAUAAAAUUGACUAAUUACUGAUAUACGUUAAACACGUAACUAACAAACCACUUUUGAGUCAGUAUAUACAGCCGUAUCGUCUGAUUUUUGACGAAACUACCUUAGUUUUGAGCCAAAAUAAUCAUAGUGUGCUUAGUCCGAGUUUUUUUAAAGUUCUCGAUAGCGUAAAAGUUAACUCAAGUUUGUAUGGACUCGGAUAGGGUUCCUAAAUUUGCCGCUAGGGGCGCUGUUCCAACUGCAUACAAAUUUGAGUAAAAUUUUACGUUAAAAAACUCGCACUAAACACACAGUUCGAAAGUAUCUUAACUGCCUAUUAUUUUGGUCGUUUUUGUGAUGCUUGCCCGCGGUAUUGUUCAAACGGGUUUUCUCUUGAUGAGGAGGUUGUUCCUGAUAUGGUCCACACGGAGGGGCUUAGUAAAGAUCAGUGUGCUUAGUGCAAGUUUUUUAACGUUCUCGAUAACGUAAAAGUUAGCUCAUAUUUGUAUGGAAUGGGAUCGUUUGCGUACGUUCGCCGCUAGGGGCGCUGUUCCAACUGCAUACAAAAAUGGCUUAACUUUUACGCUAUCGAGAACGUUAAGGAACUCGCACUAAGCACACAGUUCAGGUAACACAGUCCUGUGUGCUUAGUGCGAGUUUUUUAAAGCUCUCGAUAGCGUAAAAGUUAGCUCAUAAUAAUAUUUGUAUGGAAUGGGAUCGUUUGCGUACGUUCGUCGCUAGGGGCGCUGUUCCAACUGCAUACAAAAAUGGCUUAACUUUUACGCUAUCGAGGACGUUAAGAAACUCGCACUAAGCACACCGAUCGCGCGUCUUCACGUGUCGAGUGUAGCCACCGGAUUAAAUUCAACAGAACACACUACAUUAUUAUAUAUAUUGUUAUUGAUGUUAAUAAGUCUUAAUUAUUGUUUUCAACGAUAUUUUGUUGCAAUUGAAAAUGAUCACGAUUUUUUUAUUAUUUCUGUAGGAUUGUUUUAGAUAAUAAUCCAUUAUUCAAUAAUACAUAUAAUGCAGUAUUUCUGUAGCUUAUGACUUCUUUGAGAUAAAAUUAGAACAGUUCUAAAUGAAGUUGGUACGUAGGUACAAUUAACGUUUUUUUGAACAUACUGUUUAGUACAAGAGCCACUGACCCAAAAUUAAUUUAUAUUUUUUUUAUAAAAUACUCGUGUUGUCUUAAAUAGGAAUCUGAUCUCACGACUUCAAACAGUUUUGGAUGUGUCACCGUUUUGUUAGUAGGCUCUGGUACUAAAUGAUAUCAGUAAUUCGUAUCGACAAUGUUCGCGUACAAGUCAGUCACGAUGAUUGACCAUAUAAUAAUAAAAUCACAAUAAGGAUACUGCACACUUAAAAAUAACACUAUUAUUUAGUAUGUCUUUAAACUGAAUGGAGAUGGGUUUUUUUACUAGAAAAAUCUAGAAAAAGAUAUCCAUAUGAUGUUAAUUGUUUUUGCAUUUUAUAUGCUGCACUGUCACUAUGUUUUCGUUAUAAGUUUUAUUGUAGUUUAAAUAUGACUGAUUGUUUUUUUUUUAUUAUAUGAUAUUAAUAUGAAUGUUUUAAUCACAGAUAAGAUCAGUCAUAGGUUUUUUUUUAAAUACAAAUUAAAAUAGUUUCGAUACGAGCUGCAUUUGAAUUUGCUGAAAGAAAUGUUUAAUAUUCAUUUAAAAUUAUUAAGAAAUUUUUACAUGAAUAUUUAUUAGAGAUUGCAUUUUUAUUAGGACCAAUUUUUGUUCGAAUUUCUUUGUGGUAAACAUAAUAUGUAAUAACAUUUUAAUUACUACAUAAUUGUAAUGUUUUUUUCUUCUUGUAUUAUUAUUUUAUAUUUAAUCACUAGUUAGGUAGUUUCAACAAAUUCUUUUCAAAUUUUUAUCGUAGUAAAUUAGUAAUAAAAUUUCUUUGUAGUAGAAAACAAAUUAAAAUGUGCGUUAAACAUGUAUGACUCAUAGAAACUUUAUGAAUUAAGUUUUUUCUUUAAUAAUCGCCUUUUUUAAUAUUUUUACUAGUUGUACCAAAAUAUACAUUCAGCUUUUACAUAAUCUAACAUAAGGUCAUAAUUAUUUAGAAUUUUGUAACCAUAAUACUUUUCAAAUCCAUGUGAUAAGGUGUUUUUGACAAAUGGAAAGAUUAUAACAUAGAUAGGUAGGGUUAAUAAAUUUUUAAUUCCAUUCAUUA